AUGAAGUCCAAACGUUCGAAGAAGACUGAUGCUGGUUCUUUUGAGAAACAAGUCAAGGAGUCCAAAUCUACGAAGAUUCUGAAGAAGUUACCAGUUACAGAAGCAGAGCCAACAAAACCCGAAGUUUUAGUUGCUAAUACACCAUCAACUGAAAAAGAAAUCAUUCCUUCGAAGACUGGUGUUUUUCGCAGAAUAAAAAUGAAAUCCAAACACAAGAGCCGAUCUCCUCUCACGAAUGUUGUCCGAAAGCCACAGGUUACUCAUCAAGGACUUUUACUUCGUGAGAUUCCUGCACCUGCUUCACCAUCUUCAAAGAAACCAAGGGCAACUGAUAUGGCUAAACACAUUUCUAAGAAGAAGAAGAAAAGUAAAAUGAUCAUCUCUUCUGAGUAUGCUGUUCAUGAAGAUGAAACAAUUCCAGAAACUCCAGAAGCCGAUCUUCACAAAGAAUCUUCUACUCCUACACAAACAUAUGUUAUACCACCCGAAGAUUCGGUUACCAAGUGA